AUGAAGAACUGCUGGAAAAUUCCAGUUUUCUUCUUUGCAUGCAGUUUCCUGGUACCCUGGGCAUCUGCAACUGUCAAGCGUCGCCCAAGAUUCCCUGUCAAUUCAAAUGGUAAUGGUGGAAAUGAACUCUGUCCAAAGAUCAGGAUCGGCCAAGAUGACUUACCAGGGUUUGACCUGAUUUCCCAGUUCCAGGUAGAUAAAGCAGCAUCUAGAAGAGCUAUCCAGCGAGUAGUGGGAUCAACUGCAUUACAGGUGGCUUAUAAGUUGGGAAGUGAUGUGGACUUCAGGAUUCCAACCAGGCACUUAUAUCCCAGUGGACUGCCUGAAGAAUACUCCUUUUUAACUACUUUUCGGAUGACUGGAAGCACACUUGAAAAGAACUGGAGCAUUUGGCAGAUUCAAGAUUCCUCAGGGAAGGAGCAAGUUGGCGUGAAGAUUAAUGGCCAGACUAAAUCUGUUGCAUUUUCAUACAAAGGCCUGGAUGGAAGUCUCCAAACUGCAGCUUUUUCGAAUUUGCCGUCCUUGUUUGAUUCCCAGUGGCAUAAGAUCAUGAUCGGUGUGGAAAGGAGUAGUGCUACUCUUUUUGUUGACUGCAACAGGAUUGAGUCCUUACCUAUUAAGCCAAGAGGCCAAAUUGAUGUCAAUGGCUUUGCUGUGCUGGGAAAACUUGCGGAUAAUCCUGAAGUUUCUGUUCCGUUUGAACUUCAGUGGAUGUUGAUUCAUUGUGACCCCCUGAGACCCAGGAGAGAAACAUGCCACGAGCUACCAGUCAGAAUAACGCCCAGCCAGACCGCUGAGGAGAGAGGUCCGCCUGGCGAGCAGGGUCCUCCCGGGCCUCCGGGCCCCCCUGGAGUUCCCGGCAUCGAUGGCAUAGAUGGUGACCGAGGUCCAAAAGGUCCCCCCGGCCCCCCGGGUCCUGCUGGAGAACGGGGGAAACCAGGAGCCCCGGGCAAGCCUGGCACGCCGGGCGCCGACGGCUUACCAGGACCUGAUGGAUCCCCUGGCUCUGUUGGACCAAGGGGACAGAAAGGCGAACCUGGUGUGCCUGGAUCUCGUGGAUUUCCAGGCCGUGGUAUUCCUGGACCUCCUGGUCCUCCUGGGACACCAGGACUCCCUGGAGAGCUUGGCCGUGUAGGACCUAUUGGUGACCCUGGAAAAAGAGGACCACCUGGCCCCCCAGGCCCCCCAGGACCCAGUGGAACAAUUGGCUUUCAUGAUGGUGAUCCACUGUGUCCCAAUUCCUGUCCACCUGGUCGCUCAGGAUACCCAGGUCUACCAGGCAUGAGGGGUCAUAAAGGGGCUAAAGGAGAAAUUGGUGAACCAGGAAGACAAGGACACAAGGGUGAAGAAGGUGACCAGGGAGAACUGGGAGAAGUUGGAGCUCAAGGACCUCCAGGAGCUCAAGGUUUGAGAGGCAUCACUGGCAUAGUCGGGGACAAAGGGGAAAAGGGUGCUCGGGGCUUUGAUGGAGAACCUGGGCCUCGGGGUCUUCCUGGUGCACCUGGCGACCAGGGACAACGAGGACCUCCAGGGGAAACAGGUCCCAAAGGAGACAGAGGAGCUCAAGGUUCUAGAGGAAUUCCUGGCCCCCCUGGGCCCAAAGGAGACACGGGCUUGCCAGGUGUGGAUGGCCGUGAUGGGAUACCUGGAAUGCCUGGAACAAAGGGUGAACCGGGGAAACCAGGGCCUCCUGGUGAUGCAGGAUUACAGGGGUUACCAGGAGUACCCGGAAUGCCUGGUGCAAAGGGUAUUGCUGGCGAAAAGGGUAACACAGGUGCUCCAGGAAAGCCUGGUCAAAUGGGAAAUUCAGGCAAACCGGGCCAACAGGGGCCUCCAGGAGAGGUGGGACCUCGAGGACCCCGGGGCCUUCCUGGCAGUAGAGGAGAAACAGGGCCAGUAGGAUCCCCAGGCCUACCAGGUAAAAUGGGUUCUCUUGGUAGCCCUGGUCUUCCUGGCUUGCCUGGACCUCCUGGACUUCCUGGAAUGAAAGGUGACAGGGGUGUAGUUGGUGAACCCGGUCCAAAGGGUGAACAGGGUGCUUCUGGUGAAGAAGGUGAAGCAGGAAGAAGGGGUGAACUUGGAGAUAUAGGAUUGCCUGGCCCAAAGGGAUCUGCGGGUAACCCUGGGGAGCCUGGCUUGAGAGGGCCUGAAGGAAGCCGGGGGCUUCCUGGAGAGGAAGGACCAAGAGGACCACCUGGACCCCGAGGCGUGCAGGGAGAACAGGGUGCCACAGGCCUGCCUGGAAUUCAGGGUCCUCCAGGUAGAGCACCAACAGAUCAGCACAUUAAGCAGGUGUGCAUGAGAGUCAUGCAAGAGCAUUUUGCUGAAAUGGCUGCUAGUCUCAAGCGUCCAGACUCUGGUGCUUCAGGCCUCCCUGGCAGGCCUGGCCCUCCUGGACCCCCAGGACCCCCUGGAGAGAAUGGCUUCCCAGGACAAAUGGGAAUUCGUGGCCUCCCAGGCAUUAAAGGCCCCCCUGGUGCUCUUGGUUUGAGGGGACCUAAAGGUGACUUGGGAGAAAAGGGGGAGCGUGGCCCUCCAGGAAGAGGUUCGAAAGGUUUGCCCGGAGCUACAGGUCUGCCAGGUGACCCAGGGCCUGCCAGCUAUGGAAGAAAUGGCCGGGAUGGAGAGCGAGGACCCCCAGGGGUGGCAGGAAUUCCUGGUGUGCCUGGCCCGCCCGGACCUCCUGGCCCUCCCGGUUUCUGUGAGCCAGCCUCUUGCACCAUGCAGGCUGGUCAGCGAGCAUUUAGCAAGGGGCCUGAUGCAUGAAAAUUUAGUGCUGCUUGGCUGUCUCCAUAAACCACCCCUGGGAGGAGCUCAGAGCAUCACCACCGGAAGCUGGGGCAGGGAUGACAAUGUCAUACCUUCAACAUGGUUAUAGAAGUCCUACUUGACAGUCUAACUUAGAAAAAUGGUGCUAUUCAGUAAGCCCUCUGUCCUUUCCCUUAGAGGAAAGACAGCAGAGACAACACUAAGAAAAAAGACAAAAACCUCCACAAAAAUCACCUCCCUUUAAUUCAAUUUAUAUUCCUAUUCCCAUGAUCUUGAACGUUAGUGUGCUGUCUAUAUGUGAUAUAUCUUGAGCCACCGUGCCAAUAAACAAAAACAACUGUUUGGGUUACAUCAGUUGCAGUAGUUAUUUUUGGUUUUUAAUUAAGAUAUUAUAUGGAGGAUUACUAGACUAGUUACAAAGAAAACCCACUAUAUUCGGUAAAAUUGGUGCUUAAAAUCCCCGUCAAUGUGCGCUCUGGAGAAUGGCAGGGAAGGGCUUUGUCACCCCAAAUUAUUUCUUUAUGUCGCAUGUUGGUUUUUAUCUUCAGUCUGAAUUUUUAUUGAACUGUUUGUACUGUACCCCAAACGCUUUAAUAUUUUGAGCUCUUCUAGUGAAAGCAAAGAAAUUUUAAUACCCUGGCAUUCAUAAGUUUUAUUGAUGAGAUUAUUUAUUUUAAAGGUUUGAGGUGACAUCUCUGGUUGUACCAAAGAAAAAAAUAAAUAUGGUUUCUUAAUCUUGUGCAUGUUUUCUUAUAAGUAAUGUUGUUCAAUUAA